AUGCAACGAUUUCAGUUCGGCCUUAGGCAGUCCGCCGAAAGCGUCGACGACAAUCGCAGCCGUUAUGUUCCCAGUUCUGUAUACAGCGCAGGCGGUCCAGGACCAGCCGAGGAUUCGCCUGCCGUCGACCAGACUCAGAGUUAUAUGUCGGGAGGAUUACGCGGUCCCUUUGAAGAACAAACUCCUCGUUUCGCACCGCCGAGUUUCCCACCCCAGAAGGGACCUCGAAAUUCUACCCUUCUAAACAUCAACGAUCCCGUCGCCAUGCAUUUGUUGACAGAGACUGCAAUCAGUGACAGCAGAGAAUUCGAAAUCUUGUCAUUCGACGAAAUAGAGCAGUUGAAGAGAGACAAAGUAUUUCUCAGAGGCAAGAUUGACACAGUGAAGCGGAAACUGGGCCUGGAAAGCAAAUUACGAGAUGCAGCACAAUCCCUCAACCGUCUAUAUUCCACCCGCGAAACAGGAGACAACAACAACUCUCCCACCAAAAAACGUCGAAGCUUCCUAAAUGCGAGGGGCUCGGCCAACGAUACAGUCGCCCGAACUGAUGAUGAAUACACCGCCAGUAACAAAAAGGUCGAGGAAUUGAGCCGUGAAUUGAAACAGUUGGAGAUGCAGUUCGAGAAUACCGAGAGGCGCAUUUUGGAACACACAGCUGGUAUUCUACAAAUGACGCACAAGGGCCUCAAAAAGAAUAUCAGGCGGACCGAAUUGCCGCGGAGUCCGGAGAGCAUGACCAGUCAGAUGAAUGGUCGUGGCUCUGGUGCUAUUGAUGGACUUGAUGACUUUGACGAGCGUAGCCUCUAUCAGGUUCCGGACUAUGUGACCGAGUUUGGAGCUGCCUCGGGUGCUCCCAACAAAGGCCGACCAAUCAGUCGAGACACCCAACCUAUAGAUGACUUUGCGAACCGAUUACAAGAGCUCAAUUCCCGUCUUCAUGCCAUGAUCACACAAGCCGGUCCACACGAACAUUUCGAUCCACCUCCUCAACCUACCGAUGAACAUGUUUCAGGUCGCGUGGGUGCUCAGAUUCAGGCAUAUCUCGGCUACAUGUCACAAGGUCUCGAUGCUAUGCAAGCAGCCCAAGCUCGUGCAACUGCAGCCGUCGAGAAAUCCUUGGUGGAUUCGGAGGAUCAGGUUGAAGAUGUCAAUAUACGUCUACAGGAUAUGCUCGAAAGGACAAACUCUGUUAGUCACAGCCCGCUGUUACCUAACGAUGAGGCUCGUGGGAAGGAUUUACAGUCUCAAUUGGCCUUCUCGUCUGUUGUCCUGGAGCGUCUGAAUUCAAGAAUCGAAACUCUGGUCGAACAAAAAGACAUUUUGACCAGACAAAUUCAGCAGCAGCGUGAACUCAACAGCAAGUCGGAUGCCCAGCGAGAUGCUCAUAUUCAUGAUCUCACAGAACAGUUGGAGGGCUCGAAGAAAUUACAUGCCGUUCAUGAGGAAGAGUCUCAACAUUCUCGGGACCAAAUCAACCUCCUCAUGGAGCAACUGGAUAGUGCAAAGCAAGAGAGUGUUCUUCUCGAGCAGCAACGGGGCGUCAACGACAGUAAGGCUGUGGAAAUCGAACGAUCAGCACGCAAGCAGCUAGAAGACAAACAUCUCCAAGAUUUGAAAGCAAGAGAGGAUCAGCAUGCCGCAAUUUUGGUACAAAUGCAAGGACUUGAGACGAGCAAGGCGGAAGCUGAGGCCGAGCUUGCAAAGUCAAAGGAAGAGAUGAAAGCGCUCGAGGUGGAAGUUGUAAGAGCACAGACCGAAUUGACCGUGGUCAAAGCUGAGCUGGAUGGUGCCUAUGGCACACGAGCUGAACGAGCGGCUGAUGUUUCUAUGAACCCUGCGGUGCAAAAGGAAAUCGAUGCACUGAACGCCCGAAACGCCGAUAUGGAGAGUCAAUUGGAAUUCCUGACGACACAGCAUCAAACCAAGGGCACGGGUAGUGCGGAAUUACAAAACAAAGUCAACGCUCUACAGCAAGAAUUGAAGGAUACCAUCGAGGAGUACGAAGUCAUGACGAAGCAGAGCAUUGAUGACGAGAAAGAGCGAGAUCAUCUCGAAGAAACUGUCGAUACUCUUCAGCAACGAUGUGAAACGCUUGAAAUGCAACUCAAUGAGGAGAAGUUGAAAUGGAUGGGUGUCAAAGCGGGUUCUUCCAUGGAAACAAUGUCAACAAUGGUGUUGAAGAAUGAAUUCAAGAAAAUGAUGCGUGAGACACGUGCUGAGAAUCUCAAGACGAUCAGGGGCGAGCAAGAAGAGCGACGCAGAUUAGAAGGAAUUAUCAAGGGCUUGAAACGAGAUUUGCAACAAACCACAUCUCGAAAGGACAUCCCAGCAGUCCAAAAUGGUGGAAUAGAAGCGCGUUAA